AUGGCUGAUAAAGAUGCUUAUCGGUCGGUUUCCGAUAACGACAAAGGCGAAACCAAACUCGAUUCAAACCCUUCCAAGACACACGGGCUAGGACUCGGUAAUAUAGUUGGACGCCCUUCUCAAAUUAAGAGAGUACCAGCUGGCAUAACACGCUCAACGACUAUGGACGGACUUUUGAGUCCAGCAACGCUCUCGCCAGCCAACUUCGCCAGAGUUCCAAGUUACGAAAAUGUCUCAAUUGGUGAUGUGGGAGCUAGGUCAGCCGAGUUCUAUAUACCAAGUCAUCAAUCUUCUACUUCAAAUCUGGGCCCUCCUACACCUGGGACCUUCAAUUCAGACAUGGGGUUGCUUGGUUCACCAAGAAAAGUCGACGCUGCUUGCCCGACGCACAGCGAUAUCCUCACGAGUCCUUGGUCAUGGAUUUCAGUCCCCCUCUUAUUUUUGGCGCUGUAUUCCACCGCAUUCUCUGGCAUUUUCCUGGGCAUUGCACUUGCAAAACCCAGAUGGGGUGAUAAAGUUGGCACUAACGGACAUUUGUCUUUUGCAAACGCCUCACUUCUGAGUGCUAUAUUUUCAAAGACCGUUGAAAUAUCAUUUGUUACCGUUUUUGUUGCCUUACUGGGCCAAGUUCUCACUCGACGCGCUUUCUCAAAGCGCGAUGGGACAGGGGGAAUUAGCAUCGCUGAGAUGAAUAUGCGAACCUGGAUCAUGCAGCCGGGGAGUCUUCUGGUCAAUUUGAAAGCUGUUCGAUACGCCAAUUCGUUCCUCGGAGCCAUUGUCCUGAUAAGUGCUUUCAGCGCCACCUGGUACACAACGGCUAGUGAAGCCCUAGUAUCCCCAAAGCUCAAAUUCGGACCCAUUCAAGACCGAACCAUUUCAGGUCUGGUGAGCGCAUCAUAUGCGAAUGCGAUGUAUUUGGGAACCAUGUGUGAGGUCCCCGUUGCCGAGGCAAACGACGAUUUUGAAGGCUCAACAUGUCUUCAAAUCCGACAUGCAGGAAUGGGUUUCUCGUACCUGUCGUCAUUUCUAAGAGAUUGGGCGGAGAGCGUCGCAGCAGGAAAUACAACUGAGAGUGUGAACGGCUUUGAAGGCCGGCCCCUGCCUGUGGCCGUACUGUACGACAAUACUACCAUCAAUGGGCAGUGGAUCACUCCAAGCCAAGAGAACAUUACUACAGAUUCAAGUAGUCACGGACGGCUUGUGGAGAAUGUGACAAUGGCUAUGCCACACGCGGGCAUCUUCAAGGCGGUCAGAGAUCCCGCGAACCGUAUCCUGCAGCCUGCCGACCUUCAAGGUUCUGGAGAGUACGUUGUGCAGGCUUCUCUGCCUGCCCCGAUCGUCAAUAUUCUUUGUGUUGGGUUAUCUACUGAGGAAAUGAGUCCUAUGAUUGUCAAUGUAACCGAUCCUACCACCUACGUACCUAACGCUACUGUGGUGGAUUCAAUAUUCGGAUGGGAUCCCAACGCUGAGGCGCCAUCUACGCCGUACUUCCCCAAACUCCCCAUUGAGUAUAACACUAUAGUGCACAUACCUUCAGUGUGGGGUCCCCCAGCGAUCUCAUUACUUGCCACUCCUCCAAAAGGUACUACCACCAACGAUCACGUUCUUUGCACAAUUAAGUCGGCGUUAUAUCGCAAUUGCACAACUUGGUACAAGGUUGCGCAAUCUGGUGGUCUUCUUACGGUCCAUUGCGACGCGGAUGAACGUAAUACACUGCCUUAUCACCGGACAAGGCCUGAUGCCCCCAUUGGGGAGUGGAACAGUGACUGGAAGGAUAUUGGAGGUGAAUGGAUUAGAUCACUCGCGCUGAACAAUGGAGUUUCUGAUGCAAACGCGUCCUCCGCUCGAUUACUCACCCAGUACAUCCCUGAGUAUAAUCGCGAUGCCCCUACCAUUCUCCCAACCACGAAACCUACCAUCGGUGAGGCGAUCGGCGUAUUGGCUGGAGGUACUCUCCUGCUAUCAAGUUUGGAUGCCCCUUACGAGCAUACCUGGAAUUACAGCGAGACGGUACUCGCCGAACCUCAGCGCCAAAGCUUUCCAUCAAUGUACACCUAUAAAGACUACGCUUCAGGUGGGACACAAGGCUGGCAGGGCAUAUUCUAUGUCAUUCUUACCGCCACUUUCCUCCUCAGCGCUGCUGCGUUGGGAUAUCUGUGCUGGAACUUUAUCAGACAAGGCAAUGUAACUGACUACACCGAGCCACAAAAUCUCUUUGCGCUAGCUGUGAACUCUCCAUCGAGUAGUGCACUGUACGGCGCAUGUGGAGGUGGACCGAAAGGCGAGACCAUGGCACGCAAAUGGACGGUCGACAUGAUAAGAACCGACAACGAUCAUGAUGGCUUCCAGUACCAACCACUCACCAGCUCUGGAAGGCAUCCUCAUUUCUUCAUCAGAUGCAAAGACGAGGAACUCAGCCCAAUGAUGAACAACAGUAGUCCCAGCACACCCUAUACAACCUAUAAACCCCACUCAAAACGAGGGAAGUUUCGGAGCAGUCGACCGCCUACAAUGAAUGAGUCGUGGAGUGCGGGGUCACCUGUGGUUGAACAGUACCAAAGACUGGCUGGUGGGAAACCUUGA